UAUCUCCGAACGGUGCUUUAGACAUAGCUGUGCACAGCAUCUCUCUUCAGUUUGGUGAGGCUCUGUGUUUCACCCCUGCAAAUGAAUGCUGUGUGGGUCUCAUUUCAGCUGAGAAAAACCAGACACUAUUGGUAUUUCACAUUAAGCUUCCAGGUGGGAAAAGAGCUGGGGAUGGGGGAGAAAAGACCUUGGUUACCCUGAGUUUACACAGGGCAUGCCAAGAUGUAUCGUUGGAGGCUGGACAAGAGCCACAUUAUUUACUCCAGACUUGUCUUGCCUGCUCUACCAGGGAUAAUUACAAGUGUGAAACGUCUGCCUUGCUAUUAGGAAAACUACAGACAGGUUUGCUACAGCAAAUGAGGCUGUAGCAACUGACCUGAAUUCAUCUUACCUUCCUAAGCAAAAGGUGAGCCUUGAGGACACCUGGGAGACUGUAGCUCCUGAAUGCAUGACCUUCCCCUGUGAUUAGAAGAAAGCCAUGGGGAAAGACAAGAAAGAAGAGGCCAUCUUCCUGAGGAAAAAGAUAACUUUGCUGCGGGCUUUCUCGCUGCUCAUCGGCAGCAUGGUUGGCAGCGGCAUCUUUAUUUCCCCCAAAGGAGUACUGAAAAACUCCGGCAGCGUGGGAUUCUCCCUGGUCGUGUGGUUUUCCUGUGGGCUCUUCUCCAUGUUUGGUGCCUUGUGCUAUGCAGAGCUUGGAACAAGAAUCACCAAGUCCGGAGGACAUUAUAUCUACAUUUUGGAGACACUAGGGCCUCUGCCAAGCUUCUUAUUCCUGUGGGCAGAGUUUUUUGCUAUCAGGCCUGCCAACAGUGCUGUGGUUUCCCUGGCAUUUGGUCGCUAUAUGCUGGAGCCGUUUUUCACCCCCUGUGCUGCCCCUGUCCCUGCGGUGAAGCUGGUCUCUCUCCUGGGCUACUACAUGGUCCUCACCCUCAAUUCCUGGAGUGUCACCUGGAGCGCGCGGCUGCAGACAGCUCUCUCCGUUGUCAAACUCCUGGCUCUUGCACUCAUCAUCGUGCCAGGGAUGAUGCUGCUGGCCCAGGGCCACACCGAGAACUUCCAGGAUGCUUUUGACAGGCAGUCGCUGGUUCUGGAUAAGCUCCCCCUGGCUUUCUAUGCAGGCAUGUUCGCAUACUCCGGCUGGUUUCAGACCAGCUUUGUGCGUGAAGAGUUGGUCAAACCUGAACGAAAUAUCCCCUUGGCUGUCAUCGUGUCCGUGAUCUCGGUAAUUGUGGGGUACAUGCUCACCAACGUCUCCUAUUACACGGUCCUGGGAACACAAGAUGUUCUGGCUUCUCCUGCUGUGGCUGUGAGCUUUGUGCAGCGAGCCUUCAAAAGCCUGAUCUCCGUGGUCCCUGUCCUUGUCGCACUGUCCUGCUUUGGAACCAUGAAUGGAGGAAUCUUCACAUUUUCAAGGACUCUGUUUGUGGCUUCCAGGGAAGGGCAGUGGCCUCCUCUCUUCUCCAUGAUCCACAUUCGAAGGCAUACCCCCCUUCCCGCUGUCAUGUUAAUGUUCCCUUUGGUCACUGCCAUGGUGUGCAUCGGAGACAUCUACCAUCUACUGAACUUCUUCAGCUUUUCCCGAUGGCUCUUCAUAGGAUUAGCCACCCUCGGGCUCAUCGUCCAUCGGCACCGUCACCCGGAGCUGCACAGCCCCUUCAGGGUUCCCCUGUUUGUUCCUGUCUCUUUUACCAUCAUCUGCCUCUUCACGGUGGCAAUGUCUUUCUACUCUGACCCUGUGAGCAUUAGCAUUGGAUGCACCAUGGUUUUGAGUGGUUUUCCAGUCUACUACCUCAUAAUUCACAGGCAGAUGUCAGACCGCUGCCGCAACCUGUUCUAUUAUUUUACACAUAAGCUACAGUUGCUGCUGGAAGUUGUCCAACAAGAAAUCAAGACUUACUGAGAAAACCAUCAGAACUCACAGAAGACAAUAAAAAUCUACUUACACCAUUUUUGACACCUUUGAUUCUACCAAAAGCAGGCCAUGCUUUUAUUCUUUUUAGUCAGUGAAAAUGAGGACAACUCUGAGCCAAAACCUUGCUGCAAGUGUUCCUAAGCUUGCCAAUAGGGAUCUGAUCCUGCCCUUUCAUUUUUUUCAGGAGAGCAAACUAGUUGUCUGAAAUGAGCUUGCUUUGCCUGCAGUGUCUUUGAAACCAAGAUCCUAAUUUAUCCCAGUCCUGAGUAAAAUUGAGUAUGUGUGUGUACAGAGACAACAUUUUGUUUUCCUAGCUUGGCAAACAGAGGAAGUGGGCAUGUUGCAGAACUUAGAGUCCAACACAUGGAAGCCAAAUGCAAGUUUCAAACAGAACUAUAGCAGCUUUGUUGUGGACAAGGGGAAGGGUUGGGGAGAGUGAAUUAGAGAUAAGGCAGAUGAAUUGGAAAGGGGAAUGCAGGGGGAUAAAAUUUUAUUCACCUGAAAGUGCAGAUUGAGCUAAUGAGAAGAUAUUUGAAAUUCGAGUAUUAACAAAGUAAGGUCAGAAUUAUUUGUUUUGAUUUUUGUAUAAGCAGAAUGAGUUUUUUUUAGCUUUGAAAUAAUCUUUCAAUUUUGAAUUUUACUUUUCUGAAAUUGCAUUUUAAAAUGUACAGAUACAUUUACAAAAACCCAAACCAAACAGUUAAAUAUCAACUAGAAUAUCAACAGAAUAGAGUCCUGGUCCCUCUCCCAAAUUCCAAGACCCACUCCUCACCAGUGAGGUUGAAAACUCAGAAUUUGGCCUAGCUCCAGUGAGAUAAAAUUCCUCUUUUAAUUAGACAGGACCACUGAUGAGGUUUGGGCAGAUUCCUGAAUAAGUGCAUCUUUUGGUGCUGUAAGAAGACAUGAGUAACUUCACAUCCAAGCUUUAAUUUGCCAGUUGCACAUGACUUGCUGAUUUAAUCCAUAGAUGCUCAUUUGAACUAAUGGCAUAAGAAAGGUUUCCAUUAUUGGAUUACUUUGGUUUACAUUAUUAAUGUGGCAAUGUUAUGUCCAGAUAAAACAGCAAUUAGCUAUUUACAAUCAUGUAAUUGUUAAUCAGUUCCUAAAAGACGGGAAGUAGCAUGCUGAGAUUCCUCUAAUGAUUGCUGGAAAGAGGAACAGCAGAAUGUAGUGGAGCAUUUUUUAAUCCUUUGUAUCAAACAUUUAUGUACUCAAAAUAAAAACAAAGUACCAUUUACAAAUCCUAUGUAAUCUACUAAAACGUGUAAAAUUGUGGAACUAAAGCUGGGUUUUUUUCAAAGCAAUUGAGAAUUAUUAUUCUUGUAAUGAUUGCUUCCUGUUCCUGUACUGAAUUAAGCUGGGACAGCAGCAGUGUGGUUACAGGGCUUGUUUCCCCACUACCCUCCCACAAUUUAAUUUACCAGCUGCUGGAGAUUGUCCAACAGGAGAUACAGUCUCACUGGGAAAAUCCUCACAGCGGAAACCAUCACAACCUACAGGAGAAGGUACUGGCUUUAAAUGAUGAAAUGAAUUCAAGUGAGAUCUGGAAAUGCUUCCAGGGUCCCAGACAAGAGCCAGUCCCUCCUCAUGCCAGGCUUUACUGAAGCUGAACCCCCUGGUACAGCUUCCCACAGCACCCCACUGGUGGAGCAGGACCCAGUAUGGGUGGCUGGGGAACCAACCUGCAGAAGACCUUGUAGAACCAGGUGAGAUCAAUCACCCCAACAUUUCCUGAGUCCACCCACUUAGGUACGGGUACAAGGCAAAUGUCCAGCCUGGAUGGGUAAGGAGGUUUUGGAGGAACUUAGGAACAAAAAAAGGAUGUGUCAUCUUUGGAAGGAAAGUCAAGUCUCUCAGGAGGUAUUUAAGGG